CUCUCGACCGGCUUCGUCAACACACGUCCAUCAUUCAUUCAGUGCCAUCAAACCAAAGAGGUCGUACCACUCAACCCCCCCUUCUUUAUUUGUUUGUCGACCUUCUUUCGCUCGACCAGCACCACGACCACUUCACGCACACCUUUUGCUGCGUGAUAAACUCGCGCGCACACACCAACCCGCUUACGUCGUCGGUCGCUCCGAUCCAAGCUCUACUCAUUCACUCUUCCAAACCUUCCUCCGCGGCUCCGACAUUCCUACCAUUUCACGGUCUCACUCCAAACCCACCCCGUCGGUUGAACAGCAACUUCUCAACAUGUCGGGCAGCAGGAGCAUUGCACGAGUGUACGCCGACGUCAACGAGAGGCUAGGACGGUCAUGGUGGGACUAUGACAACCUCAUCGUCACCUGGGGCGUGCAGGACAACUACGAGAUUGUGCGCAAGGUCGGACGAGGAAAGUACUCGGAGGUGUUCGAGUCGGUCCACCUGCCCACCAACCAGAAGUGCAUUGUCAAGGUCUUGAAGCCUGUCAAGAAGAAGAAGAUCAAGCGUGAGAUCAAGAUUCUCCAGAACCUCGCCGGCGGACCAAAUGUCAUUGGCUUGCUAGACGUUGUGCGCGACCCGCAGUCCAAGACCCCCUCCAUCGUCUCGGAGUAUGUCAACAACACCGAGUUCAAGACUCUCUACCCUAAAUUCAACGACUUUGACGUCCGCUUCUACAUCUUUGAGCUUCUCAAGGCUCUCGACUUCUGCCACUCGAAGGGCAUCAUGCACCGCGAUGUCAAGCCACACAACGUCAUGAUCGACCACGAGCGGAGACAGCUUCGUCUGAUCGACUGGGGACUGGCCGAGUUCUACCACCCCGGUACCGAGUACAACGUCCGUGUCGCGUCGCGUUACUUCAAGGGUCCCGAGCUCCUCGUCGACUUCCAGGAGUACGACUACAGCCUCGACAUGUGGUCGCUCGGCUGCAUGUUUGCGUCCAUGAUCUUCCGCAAGGAGCCCUUCUUCCACGGUCAUGACAAUGCCGACCAGCUCGUCAAGAUCACCAAGGUGCUUGGCACCGACGAGCUGUUCAACUACCUUGAGCGAUACGACAUCGAGCUCGACUCGCAAUUCGACGACAUUCUCGGAAGAUACCCCCGCAAGCCAUGGUCGAGGUUCAUCAGCACCGAGAACCAGCGCUACAUCUCCAACGAGGCCAUCGACUUCCUCGACAAGCUCCUCCGUUACGACCACCAGGAGCGCUUGACAGCAGCUGAGAGCAAGGAGCACGAGUACUUUGCGCCUGUCCGUGAGGCGGCUGCGCGCAACAAUGCCGCGUCGUCGUCAUGAGAUCCGAGACACGAAUGAACGACACUGGUCGAUCGGCCGGCGUGACAGCCCUGUGCGCAUCACAGCGGCCUGCGUUUGCAACGCUCGACUCGGUCUCUGGCAAGCACAUGUUUCCUAAUUCUCCUUUUCUCUCUCUCUCCUCUCCUCUGGUUCAAUGGUCUAUACCGUGUCCCCCCUGCCUUGUAAUGUGGGUGGUCCUCGAGAGACGAUGGCACGCGCGCACGCAAACACACCCUACAACCACCACCCCUACUGUUACAUAGAAGAUAGUGGUCUACACCCCCACUGCUCUGUAGUGAGCCGACUGGUAUUGGCAUUACUGGGCCAGUUGGAGUCUCUACACACUCGUCUCCCCCAUACAUGUCAUUGUUUCGUGCGAUGCGGGGUCUAUGUCGGGUGCGUGCGGGUGUGACGACGUCUGGUCGGAGAUGUCCCUCUCUGCCUCGGAUGUGUCAAGCCAUGGGGGGGAUUGCGGUGUCGUUAGUGUGUCUGGGCGGGAUCAAAUUUCCUUGGUGUUGAUGAUUAGAAUCCCUUUGUGUGAUGUUUCAAAUGUUGCCGUUAGGCCAAGCAAAGCAGCAACACAGUCAAGGCGUGUGACGACGACGAGACGAGACCAGAGCCGCCAACCCGCCAGCCCGCCGCCGCCAGUGACGACCACAAACAAUCUAUUCCCAAUCAAUCGAUCCAUUCAUUCCAUCAACACAUUGCUCAUAAACUCUCACACGCCAACUCGGCCGCUAACAAACGACACUUCAACAAGGUCAACAACAGCAGCAGCAGCAGCACAACACCACCACACCGCGCGCCGGCCAUCACGCGUACAGCAUAAUGGCGUACGCGUACCCCGCCGAGCCGGUGCCCCCAAGCCCAGCUCGCAAGGGCGGCGACGCCGACGCGGACAUUGUCCGCGAGUUCAAGCGCAAGCUCGCCGAAGCAGACGAAAACUACAUCUCGUACUUCAAUGAGCGGUGCGUGUGGCCCCUUGGGGACGCAGAGCUGACGGGCAGGAUCAAGAUCGAGCAGUCGUACAUCGACCAGCUGGGCAAGCUGCAUGCCAAGACGGUAGGCGUUGACAGCGUGACCUUUGACGCAACCCGGCGCGAUUCCAACUCGUCGGCGAGACGCGCGUGGCUCGAGGUCCGCGACUACUCGCAGCGCGAGAUCGACUCGCGCAGCGCCUUUAUCAACGCGCUGCGCGACGACGUCGUGGGCCCGCUCACUUCGCUGCGCGAUACGCAGGCGCGUAUUCGACAGCGCAUUAGAGAGGACCUCAAGACGGCGACGGAUGCGUACGAGGACUACGCGUUCAGCAAAGUCCCAAAGCUCAAGCGCUCGUAUGACUCCAAGUGCCAGGCACUGGUCGAUUUCAAGAAACAGGAGCACGCGAUCGCCAUGCAGGCAAAGCUCUUGUCCGAAGCGUCACCCGUCGAGCCAUCGCCGGCCGGCGACAAGCCGCACCCAUUCUCGUACACGGUGUCAUCCGAUGGCGCGCCUCCCAGCUCGCCGCCAUACAGCACUUCGGGCCUGAGCAGCUCGCAGGGAUACUAUAACCUGUCGAGCACGUCUCAGACGUCGUUAUCGCCGUCGUCGCCCGGCUCAAACUUGUCGGCCCAGCUCCCCGCGUACUCGCCCGUGCCGUCGUCAGGUCUCGAGAGGCGCGGCACGCUGUCUAGCCUGGCUGGGCGUGCCCGCUCUGGCUCGGGCUCGGGCCUCAACCAGCUCGAAGGCAAGUCCAAGGAGGUGCUCAGCGACAUUGCGCACCACGGCAAGAAGGGAUUCACGGCCCUUAAGAACCGGUUCGGCGGCGAUCGCGAGGGCAAGGGCGGUGGUGGUGGCAGCGACGCGGUGAGCGAGGUUGCGCCGUCCAUCGCUCCCGACGAGAGAAACACGACACCAUCUCGCCGCGGACACCAUCAGCACCACGGCUCGAUUGGCUCGUCAAAGGGCACAGCCGGGACGCUCAAGAGCGUCAAGGUCAAGCGCGACGCCGAGGAGGCAGACAAGGCGUAUCGCCAGGGUGUCUUCCACUGCGAGUCGCUCCGUCUCCGCCGCGAGAAGCUCCAGCAGUCGGCGAUUACGAGUUUGGGUUCGCUCAAUGACGAUCUCAACGCGACGAUCAAGAUCACCAUGCGGGCAUUUACCGACGCCACCUACGCCACGAGCUUCACGCUCGCACAGGCCACCGAGGUUAUCACAAAGUCGAUCAACGAGAUCCACCCAGACGCCGACUCUAUGCGCUACCGCUCGCGCCUUCCCAAGGUGCAGAGGAACGCGCCGAUCCUCUACUCUAACUUCUACGUUGGCCCCUGCCGAUCGCUCAUCUUUGGUGUCAGCCUCACCGACUACGACUUUGCCCGUGGUGAAGGUGGAGACCAUGGCAGCCCACCCUUAAUCGUGGAGAAGUCGAUUGCGUGGAUCGAUGAGAGAGGACUGGAUGCCGAGGGCAUUUACAGGAUAAGUGGCCGCAUCGCCACAGUGAAGGAGAUGGUGCAGAGGAUUGAGCAAGACGAGGACAAGUUCCGGUUCACGCCGGACAACGACGUGUUUAGUGUGUCGGUCGUCCUCAAACAGUACCUGCGCGAGUUGCCCGAGCCGCUGUUCCCCAUGCCCCACUCGGAGCGGACGAGAUAUACACAGAACAGGGACCAGCACAUCGCAAACGACUUUACGUCGCUUCGAGGGCGUCUCCGUCGUCUCCCACCUAUCCACCAGACCACUGUGCGCGCUAUAAUUGAGCACCUGUCGCGCAUCGCUGCCCGCUCGAACACCAACAAGAUGAGCGCAAAGAACCUCGCGGUUGUGUUCAACUCGGUCGUCUUUGGCUCUGACGCAGUCCCGACAAACGGCAACGCGCUGACCAUGCACCUGGAGAAGGACACUGUGCUCGAGGACAUGAUCACUUAUUCUGACCUGCUGUUCAAAACCCCCGACCCCAUGGCGGCUCGCCAGGCCGACGCCGAGUCAAUCAACUCGUUCACGUCGUACCAGACGGACCCUGCUGCCCAGGCUGUUGUCCCGGCUCACCCUCACUACGAGGAGGAGGAGGACAUUCCCAUCUUCACGCCCGACGCCAAGCUCGUGCUUCUCUUCUCGCCCUUCAAGAUCCCCGGGCCCAUGCGCGAUGCGGUCGGCGAAGACUACCACGUCCGUCCGCUCGCCGCUGACGACUUUAUCCGGUCGUACUUUGGUCUGCUGUCGUCACUGUCGACAGCGCCUCCCCUUGCCCCGUCCGUCUUCACAGCGUUGUUCAACGCGCUCAAGGCGAGCAUCGACACGUACUUCAUCGUCGUGAUUGUCGAGAAGUCGACCGACCAGAUUGUGGCAUCCGGCACCCUUAUUGUGGAGCGCAAGUUUAUUCACGCUGCCGGUCUUGCUGGCCACAUUGAGGACAUUGUGGUCUCGCCAAACGCCCAGGGUCGCGGUCUCGGCGGCACUCUCGUCACUGGUCUGAGGGAAAUGGCCACGAGGCUCAACUGCUACAAGGUUAUUCUUGACUGCAAGGAUCCUAAAGUCGGCUUCUACGAGAAGUGCGGCUUCGACCUGCGUGGCAGGCAGAUGGCCUUCUACGUCAACCCAGAUGACGCCAAACCCAAGGCGGCUGCCCCGCCACUCGAGUCGCCCAGCGAGGCCGACCUCAACAGCCCGGCAAGGACUGAGGAGGCGUCGACGACUGAGCGCGACGACGCAACCGCAGUGCCGGACACGCAGAGCGUAGCCGACACGCUCGAGACGGCGUCGACAAGCUCGGGGGUGACGUACCACUUCCCGACGGGCACAAGCCCGGAGCAGGGCCGCCGCCCAUCAAUCCCGUCGCGCGACCCGGAGCACCGCCUGUGAUUGAAGAAAAGUGUUGCAUUCAUCCUAUCCCUGCCUUUCCGAGUUUCAUAGAAUGGGAAGAUGGGCCACGGCAUGAAGAUGGCGAGGAACGCGAAUCUAUUCAUAUACCCAUGUAUUGAGGGGACCGUAUCGUUGGUAUUGGGGAAUUUUGUUUACAUGAAUGAUGAAAUGGUGUGGAUGUGUG